AUGCCAGAUUUCGGUCCAAGCACCUUGGCUAGAGCAGAGGCCGAGAGAUUUGAUCAAGCUUUUGCUGAGCUCAAGGCAAAGGCUAAAAGAUCCAAGAUACUGCUCUCUGUCUUUGGCGGCAUCAACGUGAUCUUCUCUAUAACUGCGGCGGUUCUCAAUUAUAAAGUGCCAGCGAUACUGGACUGGCUUAAUAUCUUGUUCUUUGUCAUUUUCAUCGUACUUUUUGGGGCCACAAUGAGCUACGGGGCCACCUCGAGGUGUUUGGAAGAUAUUCUCGCUCGCUGUCGCUACGGAGCACGCCACUUGCUGCCGAUUCACUACCUCACCAUCAAACCCGGGGAUGACUAUUCGCCGGGCAUCAUCGAAAAUAUGGAUAAACCGUUACUCCUACUACCCCUGGGUCCUGACCUCCACAUUCCAGAAAUUUCAGAACGUGACAAGCAAGCGGCCAUCGAGGAUGCACUGAGCAGAGCUAAGCCUUUUUGGUACCAUGCCGAAGCACUCACGCCCGCCGCAGCAGUGAUUUCAGCCAGAUCUUUGCAACCCGCGGCCCGGGAAACGCCCCAGCCGGAGGGGGUUUGA